CCCCCCCCCCCAUCGGCGGCGCGCGCUACAACCCGUCGCUCCUCGCAACCAUCCUAUUCCUGCAGCGGCGGCGCGCCGGCGAAACCGGAACCGACCUCCAUGGCGGGGGGCAAGAUCCAGAAGAAGCGCCACGGCGCGGCGGGGGGCGCCGGCGGAGGGGGCGCCCGGCUGCAGGGCGGGAUCCCGUUCGAGAAGUCCAAGGGGCAGCACAUCCUGCGGAACCCCGCGCUGGUGGACUCCAUCGUCGCCAAGGCCGGGCUCAAGCCCACCGACACCGUCCUCGAGAUCGGGCCGGGCACAGGAAACCUCACCAAGCGCCUGCUCGAGGCGGGGGUCAAGGCCGUCGUCGCCGUCGAGCUCGACCCGCGCAUGGUGCUCGAGCUCAACCGCCGGUUCCAGGGGCACCCGCUCUCCUCGCGCCUCAAGGUUAUCCAAGGAGAUGUCCUCAAAUGUGAUCUCCCAUACUUUGACAUAUGUGUGGCAAACAUCCCGUACCAGAUCUCAUCUCCCCUUACGUUCAAGCUUCUGUCACACCGUCCAAUCUUUAGGUGUGCUGUGAUCAUGUUUCAACGGGAAUUCGCCAUGAGACUUGUGGCACAGCCUGGAGACAGUCUCUACUGUCGUCUCUCCGUGAACGUGCAGCUCUUGUCACGAGUGUCACAUCUCCUCAAGGUUGGGAGGAACAACUUUAGGCCUCCGCCCAAGGUUGAUUCAUCAGUUGUGCGUAUCGAGCCCAGGAAGCCCCUCCCUCCUGUCAGUUUCAAGGAGUGGGAUGGACUUGUCAGGAUCUGUUUCAACCGGAAGAACAAGACCUUGGGCUCCAUCUUCAAGCAGAAACGCGUCCUUGAAUUGCUAGAGAAGAACUACAAGACUAUGCAGUCUCUCCAACUUACUCAAGAUGCAGAAAUGGGCGAGGAGAAGAUGUCUGCAGAUGACGUUGCGUUGCUAGCUAAUAUGGUUGAAGAUCUGAGCAUGGAGGCCGGUGAUGAGAAGGAAGAUGAUGAGAUGGAAAUGGAUGAUGCGGACAUGGAGGGAGAAGGUGCUGCCAGCUUUAAAGAAAAGAUUAUGGGUAUAUUGCAGCAGGGUGAUUUUGCAGAAAAGAGAGGUUCCAAGCUAAGCCAAGUUGAUUUCUUAUACUUGCUGUCUCUCUUCAACAAAGCCGGUAUACAUUUUUCGUGAUGGAUUUGCUAACGGGUCAACUACUAUGAAAAUUGACAAGUUUUCCCCGUUUCUUUUUGUAAUGCAAGUUGUGUAACUUGUUUUAGACCUCUAAGCUUGUGCUUAUAGAAUUUUUGGAUUGGCUGCUCCUUGUUGGGUAGUCCUCGAGUCUUGCGAUAGUUUGAAAGAGUUGCAAUGAAAGAAAUUCGAAGUGUUGCCUGUGCUACAUGUUUGACUCA